GGGGCUGGAAAAUUGCCCCCUUGCUCUGUUAUAUUAUCACCAGCUUUCUGUUUUCAAUGAGCUUAUUCUCUACCUAGGCUUGAUUGUUCUGGAACUUGCUCUGUAGACUGACUUUGAACUCAGAGAUCUGCAUACCUGUCCCCUAAGCACUGGAAUUUAAGGUGUGGUCCACCAUGCCUGGAUUUACAUGUUUGGACUGUUUGGAACUUGCUCUGUACCAGGGUGGCCUAGAACUCAGAAAUCUGUUUGCCUUUGUCCCUCCUGGACUUGUACUACUGUGCCUGGAACUGAAUUUAGCUGGGUAGAAUUUUGCCCCAAGUUCACCACUCCCUUAAUUCAAUUUAAUAUCCUUGAACAUAGGACUCAGCUCCAUUUCACUUCCCGGUGCCCCUUUAAUACCAUUUAUUUUAUAUUUUUCCUUUCUAAGCUGGGUAUGCUUGUUCAAAACGUUCUUCAUGAGACUUCUCUUCAUGAGAAGGCGACAAAGUCUCUACUGGGUUUUUUGAGACUUCCUUUGUCAAUGUAAUUAAUAUGUCUCUUUACCUUAGCCUCACAUAGACUCUUCAGACAAGGGGGAAAAGUAGCCACAUUCUUCACCAAAAUACCGCAAAAACAGUCUCUAGGCCACAUACUGAAAUUCUUCUAAAUUGAACCCUCUUGGGCCAGUUCUGCAGGUUCAAAUCAUUCUCAGUAACAAAGUCUUGUAUGUUCCUACUAGGAUAGCCCAUUAAGCCCAACUUUAAGUGUUCCACUGAUGUCCAAAUCCAAAGUCCCAAAACCACAUUCUUACGAACAAAAGUAUGGUCAGAUCUAUCACAAUACUGCACCGCAGUCUCUGGUACCAACUGUACUGCUGUGAACAGACACCAUGACCAAGGCAAGUCUUCUAAAAGGACAUUUCAUUGGGGCUGGCUUACAGGUUCAGAGGUUCAGUCCAUUAUCAUCAAGGCGGGAACAUGGCAGCAUCCAGGCAGGCAUGGUGCAGGAGGAGCUGAGCAUUCUACAUCUCCAUCUGAAGGCUGCUAGGAGAAUACUGACUCCCAGGCAGCUAGGAUGAAGGUCUUAAAGUCCAGGCCUACAGUGACACACCUACUCCAAGGCCACACCUCCAAAUAGUUUCACUCCCUGGGCCAACUAUAUUCUAACCACUACACCCAGUAUGAUGUUGCUGUAGCCUGUAUCAUCUUACAUUAUUGUUAGUUAUUCUCUCCCCGCCCCCCUUUUCCAGGGACUCACCCUAUAGUUCUAGCUGGCCUAGUAUUUACUAUGUACAUGAAGCUGGCUUUGAACCUGUAACAUUCUCCUCUCCUUCUGCAUUAGCAUGUAUCACAAUCCCCACCUACGAUAAAUAUCUAAUUUUUUUCUAUAGACUGUGAGCUCUGUGUAUCACAUAUCACUGUAACCUCUGAACCUGUCGUAACAAUUGUUAAAUGAAUCUGAGAACACCUAGUGCCAUUUCAUUGAAUGUCUACAGGAUGUGUCAUUCACAUUAUAUCUUUUUUAAAAUGUUUACUUAUGGGUAUUUAGCUGAGUGGCCUUGGGUUCGGUCCUCAGCCUGGGGUGGGGGGAGUGUUAGGGAGCCAAAAAAAAAAGGGGGGGGGGAACCAGACUUGGUACUUGUUCUCUUAAUGACCUUGAAGGCCCUAAACCCAAACCAUUAUCUGGAACCUCUGCUGAAAUACAAAUCAUGUAAGAGAGGAGGGCACGCUUAACCAGGAAGCUAUCAUUAAACAACUGUUUCCUUUUGGAGACAGAGAAGGCAAGAAUAUUCAGUGUUCCUGUUGCUUUGUACUAACCCCAACUUCAUGUAAUUUUGUUGUUUUGUCCUCACUAAACUAAGUGCGGUGAAUAAAGAAUUUGAGUCAAGUAUUAAAUGACUCUACUAGUUUGUUCACAGUUGUGGUGGAGGAAAUUUUACCACCCUUACAUGCCCCAGACCUGUUCACAGUGCCACCGUGAGAUCAGUUUACUGAAAAUAGAGAUCAAGUAAAGGUCUCAUGUAGCUCUGGCUGGCCAGGAACUUUCUACGUGGAGGCUGGCUGGCUUCGGACUCACAUAGAUUCGCCAACCUUUGCCUUCUGCGUGAUGUGAUUAAAGCAUGAGCCACUCUGAAGAAGAGAGUGCCUAUUUGGGCCACAAAAGCAGGUUUAAAAUUCUGUCGAAUGUGUGGUCGCUGUAACCGAUGCUGAACUCAGCCCACAAACCAUAGAGACUGGGCGGGGCGCUUCGUUUCACCACUAUUUACUGGUUUCUGGCGGCAAUUCUCAAGUCUAGUUUGAUUUCGCCAAAGAAACCCCCAACAAGCAAGAGAACUAGUGCGCAAGCGCACCUCAGGCCAGCUUUGUUACUUAGGAAACAGCCAAUCAGCGAGCUCGGCGGUGACCAAUGGGAAGCGCGGAUGGGUGGACCGGCUAGUUUGAACGCGCCGCGCCGGAAGAAGGUUGGUUCGGUGGGAUCGAGUGUCGGGACGCACUCUCUUGAGUCUGAGGGCUCCCCUGUCGGAGGCGGAGGGACGCGUAAGCGACCCGCAACACCAGCGGCGGGAACCGACGAAAGGUGUUGCCAUGGUGAUGGCUGUGGAAGACAGCGUGGUUCGGGUGGUCGUGCGGGUGAGGCCUCCCACCCCUAAGGAACUAGAGAGUCAGCGUCGGCCUGUGAUUCAGGUGGUAGAUGAGCGGAUGCUGGUGUUUGACCCCGAGGAGUGUGAUGGGGGAUUUCCUGGCCUAAAAUGGAGUGGCUCCCUCAGUGGCCCCAAGAAGAAGGGCAAAGACCUGACAUUUGUCUUUGACCGGGUCUUCAGUGAGGUGGCCACUCAACAGGAUGUGUUCCAGCACACUACACACAACAUCCUUGACAGCUUUCUCCAGGGUUACAACUGCUCAGUGUUUGCCUAUGGAGCCACUGGGGCUGGGAAGACACACACCAUGCUGGGAAGGGAGGGAGACCCUGGCAUCAUGUACCUGACCACCAUGGAACUGUACCGGCGUCUUGAAGCCUGCCAGGAAGAAAAGCAGUUCGAGGUGCUCAUCAGUUACCUGGAGGUGUAUAACGAGCAGAUCUAUGACCUCCUGGAGCCCAAAGGACCCCUCACCAUCCGAGAGGACCCUGAUAAGGGCGUUGUGGUACCGGGACUUUCUUUCCACCAGCCAGCCUCAGCCCAACAGCUACUCGAGAUGCUGACCAGAGGCAACUGCAGCCGCACACAGCACCCCACAGAUGCCAACGCCACAUCUUCCCGGUCUCACGCCAUUUUCCAGAUCUUUGUGAAGCAGCAGGACCGGGUUCCAGGACUGACCCAGGCCCUUCGAGUAGCCAAGAUGAGCUUGAUUGACCUGGCUGGCUCAGAGCGGGCAUCUAGCACCCAUGCCAAAGGAGAGCGUCUGCGGGAGGGUGCCAACAUCAACCGCUCUCUGUUAGCACUCAUUAAUGUCCUCAAUGCCCUGGCUGAUGCAAAGGGCCGCAAGUCUCAUGUACCCUACCGAGACAGCAAACUGACCCGUCUGCUCAAGGACUCCAUUGGGGGCAACUGCCGCACUGUGAUGAUUGCAGCGGUCAGCCCUUCCAGCCUGACCUAUGAGGAUACUUACAACACCCUCAAAUACGCUGACCGGGCCAAGGAGAUCAGACUCACGCUGAAGAGCAACGUGAUCAGCCUGGACCAUCACAUCAGUCAGUAUGCCACCAUCUGCCAGCAGCUCCAGGCUGAGGUGGCUGCUCUGAGAGAGAAGCUCCAGACAUAUGAGGCUGGAGCCCAGGCCCUGCAACAGCGUUCUCCACAGCCCCCCAAGUUGAGCAUACCGCAAAACCUUUCUAGCUCCCCGUUACAGCCUGGGCACUCCAGCCAGUCCUGCGCCCCAGAGUUCCAUGCAAAGUAUGACGCUCCUCAAGAGGAGAGCCUGGGAACAGACUCUCAGGGACAGGGAACUGUGGAAGAAAAUGCCCCAGAGCAGGAGCAGCCUCCCCAGGACAAACAGUUUCCAACCCAGAUGCCAGAGCCGAACCUGCCAGGGUCUCCUUGUCCAACUGUGCAGGCAAAGCAAGGCAUGAACCAACACUCACUACAGAGACUGGAUGCAGAGCACUCUAAACAGUUGGCCCUCCGGGUGCUACGCCUAGCCCAGCGACAGUACUCCCUGCUGCAGGCGGCCAAUCUCCUGACUCCUGACAUGAUCUCAGAGUUUGAGACCCUGCAGCAGCUGGUGCUUGAGGAGAGCAUGGAGCACGGGGCUGAGAGCCCCAGGUCUCCUGGUCUGGCCAGGGGGAUCCCGCUAGCUCAGGAGCUGUGUUCAGAGUCUAAGUCUUCACGGUACUGUGGUCCAGUGACCCGGACCAUGGCAAAGCAACUGAGUGGCCUCACACACACUCUGGGGAUCCCACUGGCACCUGACUGCACCUCAGAUAAGACGUCCCAAAAGCCUACCAAGGAGAAGAAAAGGAAACUGAACCUCGAAGAGCCAGGCAGCCUACCAGCCCCCAGUGUGGAGAUGAAGCGCCAACGCCAGUCCUUCCUCCCCUGCCUAAGGAGGGGCUCCCUGCCUAAGAUCCAGCCAUCCUCUGAGCCCAGAACUCCCAAAGGAGAGAGGGCCUCUUCUCCCUCCCCCUCCUCCCGAGUCUGCCCAGCCACAGUCAUUAAAAGCCGGGUACCCCUGGGCCCUUCUGCCUUACAGAACUGUUCCACUCCUCUGACCCUACCCACUCGUGACCUCAAUACCACCUUUAAUGUCUCUGAGGAAUCCCCCUCCAAACCCAGCUUCCCCGAACCUAUUGACUGGGAGAAAGUUUCCCCGGAGCUGAACGGCACAGACCAGCCGUUCCUCCCCAGUGCACCUGUCUUCAUAUUCACCACGAAAGGCCGCAAGCCUUCUCUUCCUACAACCACUGCCAGCAAGAAGAGGCGCACUGUGAGGCCCUCAGUCUCCCGAGGCCGCAGCUGCAUUGCCCGCCUCCCCAGUAGCACCUUGAAGAAGCCAGACCGACCCUUCACAGUCCCAGAUCCACCCUUGAGCCUCCACUGCCUUGAUGACCAUCAAGUCAUAAGGGACUGAUUGGGGUGACAAGGUGCUGUUAACUGAGCGUCCUGACCACGAGGGACUCUUGGCAUCCACUCUUGUUCUCAUCUGCCAACAGCCUUUUCUUGUCCUUGGAGCUGCCAAUGGCAAGAGUCCCUGGCCUGCCUUCCUCACCUGGGAGCAAUCAAUUACCACCACCAUGCCUUAACUCUGUUACCGCCCUCCCCAGCUACUCAUCUACGUGCCUUCUUUAUUAGUCUGUCACACUUGACUUCUUGGUAUAUACGUAUCCUCUGUGAGUGUUAAGCCUGUGGCUAUACUAAGGAUCCUGUCAGGCUUGCUCAUCCCCAAAGCCUCCAUGCAAGCAGGGAACUCCUGGGCUCUGGUCUUCACCUCUCAGCUUCAUGUCUGACAACAGGGCUCUGCAUAGUGAAGGUGGGUGAGGGCAAGAGGACUUGUCGGCUUAGCUCUCCUGGUGCUAACACAGCAUACAUCCAGAACGUAAGGAGAGAGCCUUGGGUAUAAACGCUAGCUGGCUGUGUUGGUAUUUAGGUGUCCUUCUUAUCUUUGGCUUCUCCAUAUUCACAUGUAUUUAUGUGUACACAUAGGUGUAUGCCUAUAGAUGUAUAGAGUUUUUUGUUGUAAUAAUUAAUAAACAUCUCCAUCUCUGGUGUCUUCUUCUACACUCUGAAAA